GUCCGACGGAAAAUGAUCACACGUCCGACCACAUUUUACGUUCAAAGAUGAAGACUGUAGCAGAAAAAUAUAAGCUGCAAAUGAUUGGUUUCAUUAAUGCCAGUGAGCCAUCAUAUUUACCGUGGCAGCAUCUUCUGGACUGCUUGGAUGGGAGCCAGUCUUUACAACAAGUUGCAUCAUUGAAGAAGUUUGGCUCGGCACUGAAGAAACAACUGCAGGAAACCAUUCCUGGGGCUGAAGAGGAACUGUAUCAGAAUGUUUUCACUCAAGUAGUCAUGGCAACAGGACCCAAAGAGCCACUCCAUCGGACUGUUGUUAGUAUCUUGCAGAGUUUGCCGCAGGCAGAUCACCAGCACGUAGCUUCAAAGAUGAGUAGAGCCCUCUGUGAUCAACUCUCGUCUUGUCAAGAGCGUAAUAUCAAAGAUCACCGGAGAUGUGUGGACAUGAUCGCAGGACUGCUUGAAAACUUCCCGUUAGGAGAGAAGAGUUUAUCAUCUGUACUUGAUAGAGUGGUCAGUUUUCUUCACAGUUCCCUGCAAGUUUUCAUGGAGACCACAAGGUGCAUCAAAGACACAAUUGGCCAGAAUGAAGCUAUGUAUAACUGCCUCGUUGUAGUCCGGGCCCUCAUGGCUGUUAUACAGAAAUGCCUUCAGCCCUAUCGUUGCCUCAAUGGUGAAACUGCAAUAUUUGAGUUGCUUGAGGCUGUACUUCACUCAAUGUGGACAAUCUUGGCUGAUGCCUCAUAUCUACUGGACUGUAGAAGUGCUGCAGGUAUGGCCCUGGUACUCAUGCUCAGAUCACUGGUAACAGAAGGGCAGUGCCUUAGUAGUGUGAUGUACUGGACCCUCUUUCAUCAUGUUACCAGCAUGAGUCCAUCUCUGCAUUCAUCCCAUCGUCUGUAUCAGCUAGACCCAGCCAGCCUACCCUCUCAGUCCUAUCUCUUCAUCUGUCAUGGAGUGUUGGCAAUGAUAGACUCCAAGGAUCUCAUCAAGGGAUGUCUCGGUCCUGAUGAUCAUAACCUCCUACUGCAUGUACUGUUUCCUGAGAUACUAAAUCUUACGCAAAGUCUCACUGAGUCCAGCUCUGCACUGAUUGCCUCUCGCACUCUCACAUUGUGGACAACGAGUGCGGUAGUUGCCGUGACUUCAGGUUGCCAUGACAGUGAGCGAAUCUUGCAGACGACGGGCGAGCUUGUUGGGACAGCGGUGAUUCCACAGCACCUUAUCCAGUAUGUGUGGACAAACUGGGAUCACCCUAUCGAUGGGAUCAGAUACCAGACCAAGAGUAUACUGGAAAAUGUUCUGCAUCUUCAUGUUCUUACCAAAGACAAAGAGGAAUACACACCUUCCGACGAUCCCUUCCUACGUGGACUUCUCAACUCUCUGGUUAAGAUAAGUUGGCAUGUAAGAGGCAAGUACAUGCCUUUGGGUUGUCUGGUUAGACAUCUUGGAACGCUGAAGAUUCUGGAAUGGUAUCCGACAAUGCCUCAGGAGCUACUCGCUGUGUUUGGGGAUCAAACAUUGGCUCCUUAUGCCUGCGAUCUUCUUGCCAGAUUAUUCGAUGAUCACAAAGAUUACUUGGUGACAAACGCAGUAGAUGUAGACAAAGCACGAGGGCUGAAGGUCUGGCAGACAACAUGGAUUCUACCCUUCUUAGAAUGUCUGUGUAGCACAACAACAUCAAAGGAUCAGAAAACCUACUUGAUUGAUUACUACAUCCCAAGACUCUUAAAGUGCAGCCCAGAGGCGCUUGCAUUUGUCGUCACUCACCUUCUUCAAACCAACGAUGACUCGGCAUCCCUUGACAAACCGGGACAACUGGGGGCGAUAGUCACAUGCCUUAAGACAGCUCGUGCGAUUGGUCUAGUGAAGCAUAAUGGUAAUUGUCCAGGUGGUGAUGUCGACCAAUCACAGAACAGUUUACUGUGGAAAGGUCUGGUGCCAUACAACAAGCUGAAGGAAGCAAUGUGCCAUAAAGAUAGUCAGGUCCGCAUUGACGCCUUAGGACUCCUCUGUGAUUGCAACAAGACAACAGAGGAGGUGUCUGCUGAGGAACUCUCACUCAUCCAAUUCUUCUUGCUGUUGAAUAUUAGCAGUCCGUCUCCCUCAUUUAGACAGCAGAUUGGAGCAUAUCUCAAGAAGCUUUUUGUGAGACUGAGAGAAAAUGGCAGAGUUUGUCUAAAACAGGCGACUCAUCGGGACAAGAAAGAAUCACCAAAGAAUCUGCCAGGUUCACCAGGAGAACUGAUCGAAGGGUAUAAGGCAUUUUUAUCUUGGCUGACGAACCAUCUUUUUGGAGGCUUACAACCUGGCAGCUGCUACCCAAAGAGGGCGGUAUCACUUUACACUCUCAAAACAAUGGUCCAAGUAUACAGCUGUAAGACCAAAGACAAGAAAUCCUCCUUGUUUGAUCUGAAUGCAGUCUGGACUCCAGACAAUGUCCAACUUCUUCUGCACAGACUCACUGACCCUUAUGAGAGUAAUAAGGUCAUGGCCUUUGACCUGCUCAGUAACCUUCCUCAAGAAACAUUAGGAUUGAUGGAUGAAGAACACCUAAGGCAGCUAUACAAGGAUGCCUUGCACCUGGCAUCGAGCAAUAAACCCCAUCACUGCGAAACAGCAGCCUUCACUUUACGCCUUCUAGCGUGUCAGCUUACGCUACCCCUGAAGACGCCCUCUGCUGACGUCUCCCAAAGCAUCAUGGGAAUCCUCGAGGAACUGAGUAUGAUUCUGACAGAGCAGGUGGGCGUGGCUAAAGGUAGUCUUUUGGAGGCGGCGGUUCAGGGUCCGAUGUAUGGAGUCUUGCAUUGCAUCAGGGAGCUUCUUGCUGAUGUAGAUUUAAGGAAUGUUACUAAGUCCACUGAAUGGGCAUCCAUAGUUACCAUGGUGAUUAAGCUAUGUCUUGAUGUAGCGGAUGCUGCCUCGGUGGUUGUGUGUAAUUCAUCACCGGAGGGUUACAUACCUGUGGAAACUGAUCAUGAUCUUGAACAUCCUGACUCGACCCCGGAGCACGGUGAAGGAUCCUCCAGCCAUCAGCCAAUAAAUGUAGAACCCAAGGCCCAUAAGGUCACCCCACAGAUGAUCCUGGUGUGCUGUUGGCGCAGCAUGAAAGAAGUCUCUUUAUUGAUGGGUCUACUUGCAUCGUCAGCACCAGUCACUGUGAACGACUCCAAACCUGGACUGAUUUCACCACAACAGUUGGAGGAGAUCGGGACCUUUUUCUUGAGAUUACUGAAGGAGUCUAAACACAGAGGGGCAUUUGAGUUGGCCCAUGCUGGAUUCAUCAUGCUGACUACAAGGCUAUGGAUGAGUGAAGUAGGAUCCUUACACCAGCUACCUGAGCAGUGGUUACAAGGUCUCCUGUCUGAUAUCACUACUACUCAAUCUAUGCUUUGUGCCACACGGCGUAGUGCUGGCAUUCCAUUUGCUAUACAGGCAUUAGUAAGCUCUGAACCUGGUACGGUUGGGAAGAGGUGCUUUAAGCAUGCUAUGACCACGCUGCUGGAUCUUGCUUUACCUUCAUCAUCAAGCAGUGAGGCCAUUAUUUCUCAGGUCCAUGCUUUAAACAUUCUGCGUGUUUUGUACAAAGACACACGAUUAGGAGAGGACGUUAUUCCUUACAUAGCAGAUGGAGUAAGGGCAUCUGUACUGGGUUUUGCUGCUCAGUUGUGGGGUGUGAGGAAUUCAUCCACUCUGCUGUUCAGUUCUCUAGUGACUAGGAUCUUUGGUGUACAGAGGGCCAAACAAUCACAUGAUCGAAGAAACUGUAUGACGGGGAAGGAAUUCUUUGCACGGUUCCCAUCUCUCUACCCUUUCUUACUGCAGCAAUUGAAGGAAGCAACCAGUUUAAAUACAAGAUCAGGUGUUGCCCAUCUGCAUCCAAGUCUGUUCCCAGUGCUUCUACUCCUAUCUAGGCUUUAUCCUUCACCUAUGGACAGCGCUCAUUCAAGGCUCAGUAUGGAUCAGUUUGUGCCUUAUGUACUAAGGUGCGCAAACAACGCUGUCUGUCAGACCAGAGUCAUAGCAGCCAGGGCAUUGGUUCCUUUAGUAUCAGCAAACCACAGAGUACAUACACUGACGGAUCUAAUCAACUCAUUACCAAAGCAACCAGAUACAGGAAUGCAACAUAAUCAGAUCCAUGGUAUACUCCUUCAGAUGAGAGAUCUUUUGGAGUGUAUUCUACAAGCAACUACCAGUCAAGAAACUUAUUCACCCUUGAGAGCAGUCUUAUCCCUUAUGGUUGAUGAUUACAGCUGGCUUGCCUCAUCGGAGAAUAAAUGCUGUGUGACUCAGGCUGCUUAUCUGACAAUCUUGGACGAGUUCAUAUUCAAGACAUCGUCAUGGUCAGAUCCUGGCCGUCUCAAAAAAAACCUGAAACAAGAUAUUAUGGCCAUCGCUGUCGCGGAAAUCAAAAAUGGAAGUUCAAAAAGAGGGGUUCCUUUCCUGGAGCCAGGCUUUGUCAGCUUACAGACCACAUGUGCUUCUUAUUGUUUAAGAUGGGUGCAUCUUCAAGAUGGUGAACUGAAGACACACUCAGUUGAGACAAAAGGAGAGGAUAGAACAGACAUGAUGAGGCUUACAAAGGAGGAUCUUUCCAAGGAACCUACUUCGCCGAGAGUGAGACUUACUGAUGAGGAAUCAUCACUUACAGUGAAAUUGACGGAUGUUCUCACAGCCCUUCUGUCGUCGCCGAUUUAUGAGGUCAGGCUUCUGACCUUAACUGACCUGAUUCAAAGGGGUCAGAGUAGCUGCGCGGAAGAAACACAUCAACCUUGGACUGAUUUGAUGUCAUCCCGUCCACUGUUUCUUAAACUGGUUGCCAUGGUGAAUGAGGAAAAACAUGAGCAAUGUCUCCAAAGAGUUUACAGACUUCUAGCUCAGCUGUCUUUGUUUCAUCCAUUUCCUUGGCAACCAACGGAGGGAAAGAUGAUUACAUGUGUGGAGUGCUUUCAGACCGCAGUUGCUGAAGCUAGUCAACCAAAACAUAGAGAGGAGUUGGUUUGUUCUAUUGUACAGUUUACCAGUAGUCUAGUACCCAGCCUCUAUUCAGCAUGCUGCAAAGGAAAGGAUAGGGAAUUGGAGUGUAAGCUUCUCUCCGAUUGGUCUGUACUCCUUGAUGAAAACAGUGGGGCUGAUCAAACCAGCCAAUCACGUCUCACAAUAGUGAAGGCUGUAGAGGCUUUGGCAACCAUUAUGCUGAUUGACCCCUCUUCAUGUCUCGGGACUAUUCCAUUCAUACUGUGGGGGAUUGUAAUCAGACUGUUACAGGAUGAUGAUGUGGACAUCCAGCAAGGGGCCAUGUCUUGCAUCAAGAAGGUGGCUGCUGCCACCAAUGACUGCAAUGAUCUAGACAGCAUGGAUACACAGUCGUCUUUCGGUCUACAUCUUGGAGUGAAGCUCUACUUAGUUAAGUUCUUAGAAAGACUACCAGGAGAGUGUCUUCAGAGUCUGAUUGCAUGGGGAGUCAGUACACCAGAUGCAGAUAGCACUGAAGAUGAUCAGCUACAGGAUGAACGACUCUUUGAUCAGGGUGAAUCCAAUGCUAACUUUGAAGGCGUCGUUCUCGGCAACAUCAUCAGUAAGCAGAUUCAUGAUUUGGCAACAGCUGUCGCUAACAAACUUUUAGCACCUAAUAAUUUGUUUGAGUCGAGCACGGAGAUGGCUGAUAAAAGUAAACAUGAAGGAAAAGAGAUCUCCAGUUUUCCUUCUUCUGUUCAGACACAGAGUCUGGGAGUUCAUGAGAUGGAAUUGAGAGGAAUUCUGAAGGGAGAUGAAUCUAUCGAUAUUGGAUCUGUUUCUAAACUUCAGUUAUCUGCCGAUGUAAUGCAGCAGCUACAAGAAUCGGCAGUCGUCGGACUCACUGAUCUGGCAACCAGACUGGAGGAUAGUCUUCAAACAUGGCCUGCAACGUCUCCAUUCUUAAACACCACAGAGUACGAGAUUCAGUGCGUAGAAUGCUGCAGGAUCUUAUGUUGCUGCAAUAGUCUCAAGGAACUACUACCUCAAGACGGCGGGUCCGCUGAAGCUGAAACGGUUAGAGAGAGAUUUAGGCAGUUACUCCCCGUAGUGAAGGCCAAAUUCUACAGAGAUGGUCAAGGAUCAUGUAAUUCCGUGAUUAAGAAACAUUUAGUGACCCUGUACAGGUGGUGUGACUUGAAGGAGGGUGAAUAGCCAUGUUUUAUGUCACUGGAACGGUGGGCGAAUCCCCUACGUGCAAUAAUCUUAGUUAAAGGUAUAUGUUUGGUUAUCACUUAAUAGCAAUAAAAACUGACUGCAUUAGAAGUACAGCAGAUUUUGAUAGUAUAAAGCAUAUUGAAAAUUAUCUCACUUUGAAGUAAUGUGGUUAUAGAAAAAUAUAUGUAAGUUCUUAUCCACCAAAAUGUGAAUCUUAGAAGCGGUACUGUUAUUAACAUUUAUCAGAUGGUGUAUUCCGAUUACAGAUUAGUCUUCCUAAUUACUCAGAAUUUUCGACGAUAUUUUAAAAAAAGGUGACCUCCUUUUGAAAUGUAGUUUUAUCAGAUUAGUUUUGUUGUAUAUAUUAACAUUUUUGUUAGAUUGAAGUAAUCAAACGGUCUGAAAUUCAAAGGUAUACUCCUUUAUUACUCCCAACUCAAUACUAUGCAGCCAUAAGGUUUUCGCUCAUGACACAUUACAUGGUAAGUCAAUUGUGGAACAAGAAGAUUGUACGUAGGUGUACAGUAAAUAAUGAAAUUCAGGUGAUUUUUUAUGUGCUAGGCCAUUUUUGCAUUGUUUUAAAUUAAAUAAUAUUUUUAAAAUAUAUUUAAUAAGGGGAUUGUAAUGUGUAUUUUUAGCUGAUUCAAUCAAUGUAAAUUACAAAUUUUACAUGGCAUAUUGUAAAGGCAGUAUGGCACACACCUAGUACUCAAGCAUCCUUCGAUAAUUUUAUUGCAAGCUUUUGGCCAAAUUUCAUUGCAAUGAAGAAACACAUUUUUUAGUAGUAGAAACUGAUUACUGACUUAAUGGUAAUUUUGUUAAACAAUUUGUAAAGAAAGGUGUCACAAUUGGCAGCUCCUAUAAUUUUUUUUGAAGGUCUUUGGUUGAUCUGGUCUUUCAUUUGAAUGUAAAACCUGAAUUCUGAUGUCACAUUUGCACCAAUUCCAUCACAAUUUUUUUUUGAGAAAGACUCUGCUAGGGUCGAAACAUCAGGCCAUUAACUAUUUUGUGCAUUUAUACCUUAGGUUCUUUUGGUUGGUAAGCAGUUUGCCACAGCUUAUUCUAUUUCCAUCAAAGAAUCUAGUAUGAAAGAUCUAAAUAGUGUAAUCACUGUUGACAAACAUAAUGCUUGAAUGUUAAAUUUUGGUUGUGCAGUGGGAGUUUAGCCCUUUAACAAAUUAAUUCUUGUCGAUAAGUGUCAAUUUUUUUCUGAUGCACAUUACAUGUAUGAUGAUGUAACUUUCUUACUUUAUUAGUGUAUUCCUGUUAUUUUUCCCUUUUUUUUUUAAAUUACUUGAUUUCUGCAUUGUUAAUAUGUGCUAAAAUUUAAGAAUGCUGCACUUAAUAUGAAUAUAAUUGUCUAUAGACAGGACAUUUCAUGGUCAUGGGGGGGGGGGGGGGCUACCCUACCAUAUUUAGACAAAACAGUGGGAAAGUCAUUUUGGCACAGGCAACAUGCAAAACGAACAGAAAUUUACCAGACCAAGGGAGAAAAAAAAGAUUUAUUAUUCAGCAAAAGAAAUUGUCUUUGUGUUUUAGGCAAAUCACCCCCCCCCCCUAACUAAAUACUCGCUGUAUAACUAUGUUUAUCAUGCUUUGUAUUCUUCGUUCAGCCUUCAUAUUAUAAUCUUUUUACAAUACAUGUACAUCACAAGAUGAAAAGAUGAUUUUGAAAUUUAUAAUAAAAUGGUUUUUUUUCUUUAUGGAAAACAGUUGUCGUCAUUUGUUUAUUACUGUCGGCGU